GUGUAAUCAAAACGAGAAUUCAUCAACACAAACCUCUCUGUUGGGAAUCAUGAGCUGCUUGUGGAUGGGUAAUUCUUCAAAAGAGAAAUGAGAUUUUGGCAGGUAGAAAAGUGAGAGCACAGGUUGACCCUUACAUGGAUGAAAAAUUUGUUUCCCGUGCUUUUGCCACCAUGGGAGAGCUCGUGGUCAGUGUAAAAAUUGUUCGAAACAAAACAAACAAGUCUGCUGUUGGUUAUUGCUUUGUGGAAAUGGCAGAUGAAGCUACAGCAGAGAGAUGCCUCCGAAAAGUCAAUGGGAAACUUCUACCAAGAUCCAUGCCGCCCAGAAAAUUCAAGCUAAAAGCAGCAACUAAUGUGAAGCAAGGAGAUACCAGAAACGAGAGCAGGUAUUUUGAUCUCGCCUGCUCUCAACCAUACACAUAUGACAACCAGUACUUUGAUUUCAACUGCUCUCAGCCAUACACAUGUGACCACAACCAAUACUACCAGCAAUGCCCCAGCUACUACUCAAACUGGGGAUAUGAUGAGAGUGCAGGCUACAGUUCAUAUAACUGCUAUAAUCAGGCUUAUGAAGACACAAGUGAAGAUGAUGGGCUUGAGGACCCCAGUUCAGGCUUGGAUGUGGCAGAAGCAAACAGACAGUUCAUGUUGAACAGUGAGGAGCUGUAUGAUGCCCUUAUAGAUUGCCAUUGGCCUGCAUUUGACCUUCCUGACUCUCCUGAAUACUCGUAGGAUGAGUAGGCAAGCUACAUAUCCUCUGGUGUGACAGAGGACUAAUGUGGUCCCUUCAGAUGGCCCUGUGUGAAGGUGUGAGAAUGAAGCUGUUCUAUGCCAUUUCCUCCAGUGCCCUCAGAAACAGGAAUGAGUUUAAACAUGUAUCUGAAACAUGAAGAUAAAACAUGAACAUUUUUUUACAGUACUUGAAAGGAUACAAUCCACAGAUGUUCAGUUUCUUUUCUUUCAGGUUUUCUUUUUUUUUUUUAAUGGACAAGCUGCACAACCUAGUCACGCUGUUAUUUUAAUGUAUUGAACUUCUUUUCUUUCCUAUGAAUCAAUAUCCCGACACUAUAGGUUAAUUUGAGGUGCAGUGUUUGGUUAGGUUAAAUAAUGAUGAACCUCCAGAUUUUGAUUUGGUGGUGGGUGCAUUAUUGUCUACUAGCAGUAAGUUUUUCAACUAUCUAUUUAUACAUACCAUUGUGUUCCUCAUUUAUAGAAUUUGUUGAUUGUUCUGUUGGUGUUCCUACUGAAAAUCUGUUGUUAAUUUUUUGGAUUUUUGUAAGGAAUAUAUUUUCAUCAUUGGCAUGACAACUGCUCUAUGUUGUUGCAACUAGUUGUUUUGAAGUACUUCCAGAGGCUUCACUUUUUCUAUCCAUCCUCUUCUGUUGUAAAUUAUCACUUGUAUUUAUUUACCAUAGUUGAUUAACCUGCAACAAGAUAAUUUAUAAUUGGGAUGAUUUAACUGAAGACAAUAGUUUGGUGCUGGUCAACAACUGUAGAGAUCUCAUUAUUUGAUUUCUGCUGGAGCAGCAGCAUGUUCUAGCAUCCAACACAUUGCCGUAAAAUAUUUUCAAGUUGUAAUACUUGCUUUGAGACCUAUAUCUGUCCCUUGUUAUGGGUAAGGGGAUGAUAUUGGCUUGCUAGUGAGAGUUUCUUAGCAAAAGUGGGUGAGUUUGAGCUUUUGCUACAUCCGGCUACAACAGUUGUUUACAGAACCCCUGACUUGUAUUGCAUAUGAAAUGCUUUUAGAUAUGCUGGCUUGUUAAAGAGGAAAUAUUUUAAAGUGAAGUUUGUAAUAAAUACUACGUUAUUAUUUUAAAACCUCUGUUGGGGACCUAGCUCUGGGCUAUUUAUGAAAGCCUACAUAAGUACCUUAGAGCAAGACCUUAAUACAUUCUGGAUCCUUACUUAGAAGUGAACAUGUAUGCAGAAACUGCAUCGACAUUUGCGUUAGCUGACUUCCACUGGGCAAGAUUUCUUUUUGGUACUGUCAAAAAGAAAUUCAUACCUGUUUUCUCUUCAAGAACGUCCGUUUAAAUGUGACUGUUACUAAUAAUUUGCAAAGAUUAUAAAAUGCAGCCAGCUCUAAAUUUAUAUUUACGCCCUCACCCAAAAGACAACACGCAAAGCCUAAAAUUCCCCUUUCAUUCAAAUAAAAUAAUUUUCUUAGUAUGCUUACACUUUCAACACAUGAUGGAGUCUCCUGUCGACCUGAUGGAUGAGUAGGAAAACAGUCUACGUCUGGAUUCCCAGAGUGCGUCCUGGUGUGAGAGUGGAGGCUAGUCCUCGAAGCACCGGGUCGUCCACAUCGACUGCAGGGAAAUGACUCUGCUCGUGUCGCACCUUUCAGGCUUGUGUUAUCAUAGCCCUGUGUUGCUCAAAUGCUUCAACACCUGAUAACUUCUCUAUUAAAACAGGCUAUGAAGUACAUGGUACAUCCAAGCCCUGAACAAUUUCAGCUGUGUUUCGAUACACAAAUAAUGCAUCAGGUUUCUAUCUGCAUAAUUAAUUGUUGCAUAAAUGAACUGUUCCAAAUGAUAUAAAUGCCAAGCCGGUGUGAGCCAGAUAAAUUCUCUUUAGACUACUAAAACCAAAUGAUGUAUACUAUUGUACUGUAAAUGACUUUGCAUUUACUGACUCCCAUUUGCAGCACACACACACAUGGAAUUUGGAUAAACACAAGCUCAGCAUGAUG